CAUGUGCAUUGAGCCUCAAAAGGCCUUCAGUGGAUCUCGCAAGGCAACGUGUGAUUCCUGUGAGAACUUGUGUUACCAGAGGGGCUGCAUAUGGGGGUGCUGAGGGUGGAGCUCGAACAAGAAACUAAGCCUUCCAGAAAGUGUAGACACACUCUGCCCACUGACUCGCGUAGAUUUCGCCGCUUGUGAAAAAACAUAAACUUGUAACAUUUUGACUGCAGAGUGAAGAGGAUGGAUAAUGGUAAAAGGACAGUUGUUGUAACCGGUUUCGGGCCGUUUGGAGAGCAUGCAGUGAACGCCAGCUGGGUGGCAGUACAGGAGCUGGAGCUGCUGGGUUUGGGCCCUGAUGUGCAGCUGCAUGUACAGGAGGUGCCAGUGGAGUACCAGGCAGUCAACCGCCUGCUGCCGUCGCUAUGGGAACAGUACCAACCCCAGUUGGUGGUCCAUGUGGGCGUGUCCGGAGCAGCCACAACCGUCACCCUGGAGAUGUGUGGGCAUAACCAUGGCUACAAGCGCCUUGACAACUGCAGGUUCUGCCCGGAUACGCAGUGCUGCGUGGAGGGCGGAGCUGACUGCAUCGACUCCGUCAUCGACAUGGAAACCGUCUGCAGGCGGGUCAACGCCUCCGGACUGGACGUGGCUGUGACCGUGUCGAAAGACGCUGGAAGGUACCUGUGUGACUACACGUACUACCUGUCUCUGCACCUGAGUGGCGGUUGCUCGGCCUUCGUGCAUGUGCCCCCUCUGGAGGAGCCCUACAGCGGCGAGCAGUUAGGCCACGCCCUCAGAGCCGUCCUCCUGGAGAUGCUGGAGCAGCUGGGACAGGACCAGGGAACCAAUCACUGCAAGCACAGACACUGAGAGCCCCGCCCCCUCCCCCUGCACAGCGGCACCACGGCGACAACCAAUCAGAUGGCCUGUGCGCUUUAGAGACGCGUAGCAGCAGCAGCCACCGUUCCCCAGGCACAGGGACAGCACUCGCAGGCCACUACGCUCAGAAGAACUGCGAUGCAGCCAAACCUCUGCCUUCACAGUGUCCCUCUGGCAGACAGCCAGACAGCCAGACAGCCAGCCAGACAGACAGCCAGACAGCCAGCCAGACAGCCAGACAGACCUCUUUGCCUGCGAUGGAAUUAUCUCCUGAAACAAAUAUAGAAAUUUGACCUUUGUAAAUCAUACCACCCCAUUCCAGCUGAGUCUGAGACUGUCAGACCACCAGUGCUUUUCUGAAAAGAAAAUGGGCAGAACUUCAACUGAGGAAGGAGACAAGAAUAUGCUGCUCUCUGUUACCAAGCAGGUGUACAUCCGGGAGAAUGAUCCCAAAUAUGUACUCUGGAUUUGUGUGGAGAAAAUCAAAAAAAUAUUUUUACACUGCCUGUGCUGUGAUAGGUCACAUGUAAAUACAGCAUAUUUGCACAAGACACGAUUUUAAUAGCAUAUUAAAUAUGUGGCCUUUAGUUUGCUGAAAUCAUCCUUUGACACUUUUCAAAUCCUUGUAUAAAUAAAAAAUAUAUUUUGACAACUAA